UUAGCUCAGGGCGAAUCUUCCUCCCCCCAAAAAGAAAAAAAAAACAUGUGUUCUCAUAUUUGCAAGUCUUCUUGGAGAAAGGGCCCCCAUCAUUAAGGGUUUGCCAGUUUGAAAUAUAAAGUACUCAGGAAGUACCUAAGGAAUAGAACAUUAUAAUUUUAAAAAUUAAAUUCUCUGAAUCCCCCUGUGUAGCUUUGUUCACUGGGCCAGUUCAGCUUGUGACCUGUGGUCUCCCUUUCUUUCCCUACUUUCUUCCCUACUUCUUCCCUCCGUACAUUGCACCUCUAAAUGCUCCCAUUCCCAUCUGAUCUGUCUUUGACCUCUGCUUAAAAACAUCUGCCUGCUAAGCAAGGUCUGUUUCACACCUGACCAAGGUUUGGUACUGACUGUGUGUCAUGCCCAUAGCAGCUCUCCUGCCAGGUGUGUGUGUGUCUGAGUCUCCUUGUCCUUUUGACCCUAGGUUCCGGAAUGGCAGGAAAGUAGUAGCUGUACGCCAGUUAACAUACCAUUUUAGCACGAGAUGCGGGGUCAUUAACACACCACGUGUUAGAGGGUAGAGUUUGUCUCCUUUCCAUCGGAAUUUCACUUUCCACAGAUUAGAAUUUCAUGCUAAUCUAUAUUUUAAUGGCCUCUAAAUUGUCAAUUGAGAGGGUAAUUAGUUCUAAUUUAGUGUUAAUGCUGUGAACAUAGGGUAAGAAGCUCACUGACAUGGCAUGCUACCGACUCGAAUUUAUGAACUAAAACUUCUUAGGUCUUGCACAGCAGUGAGCGAGCUCUUUAUGGAGACACCAUCGAGGAGCAGAGCUGUUUUGCCUGCGGGUGGGCUCUACCUUGUGGAUGUUGCCCUGACGGCUCGGUGAAGGCCAAUUGCUUUGAUUUUCCAAGUCCAACAACUCUCCCUUAUCCCAACUUUUGGGAAAUUGGCCUAGAAACCUAUAUGCAUGUUUGGUUGGCACGUUUGUGUUUUCAGCUGCCUUGGUUUUUCCUCCUGGAUAAAGGGCUCCUGUGGAGGCUGAAGGAUGUGCACACCAGAACAUUCGUUCCCCACGUCAGUAAAUCUAGGUUCUAGUAGAAAUAGCCAUCCGGCCCUGAGCAUGCUACGCCGUUUAUAGAGGCUUUCAUGUGUAUGUCUUCAUUUGAUCCUCACGAUAAUUGAGGUCAGGGCAGGUAUUAUUACACCCAUUUUAUAGUUGAAAAAAAACAAGUUUCAGGAGUUUAAAUAACUUGUCUGUGACUGCGUGGCUGGUUAAGUGGUAGAGGCCAGCCAAGGACUCGAAUCCUCUGACUCCUGCCCCAGAGCUUUUUCCCUGAUCACAUCCUGCUUCUCCGACCUGUUUAUCCAUAUAAUCCUAUUGUGUAAGUCUAAGCAACUGCUGUUCCCUUAAAAAUUCAGAAAAAUUGCAUAACCCAACUAAUUCAUCGCCUUUUUACCCCCCUCACUCUCAGACCCUUGAGUUAACAAAUACUACCCCAGUACUUUGUCCGAGCUCGAGCUCCGAAAAACUGUGUUGGGAAAAGAGGUGAAAAGAAUGGAAAGUAAAGAGUAUCAGGUCAGGGAGUGCUUCUGACCUCUUUUUUCUUUUAAAGAAAAUUUCAACUGCCGCCCUAAGAUGUCAGUUCUAAGUUGAACCCGGAGUGCUUUUUCACAGACGAAGCCUGUCAGUUGCGCUUGCUGCCGCCUGGCUGGUCCUCGCCUGGCCUAGCCUACCAGAACUUUCUUUGGUCCAUUUUAGAUUAUUUAGCACCUGCAUGUCUGGUACGCACUGUUAACCCCUGGUUUGUGUUUGCGUGUUUGUUUGACUGUGAUUUCCCUUUUAGAUCAUUUAGGAUUCCUUGGAAGCUCCACCAGAACGUAGGCAGGACAACAGACAUGAAGCCCUCACGUCAGCUCUGCCGUGUGAGGGGCUCUAUGACGGUGGAGGGGAGUCACCGUGGAAGACGAGGUCUGUGGGUUACCCAGGCAGUUUCUCUCAUCUUUCUCUGCCCCUCCAGCUCCUCUAAACACUGGGAGAGGAGAGGGCCGAGGUUCUGUUUGUGUCCUUCUGUUAGUUUAUUUGUAAACUGCAGGUCAAAAAGUAAUAUUAUGUAUAAAAUUCAGACUGGACAAUUGCUCGUUUCAUGCAGAGAGCGCUUUAAGGGAAAUCAGCUGACUUCCUGACUGGCUGAACGAAGUGUGAGUUUUAGUUUCUAUCCUGUUAGGAAAUGACAUGUGAAUAGAAUACUUGUGUAAGCAGGCUUUUAUUUUGUCAAUGGCUGGAAACUUGUAAGAAAGAGAAGAGAGGUCUGUUUGUUUUAGAUUCAUUUCUGUGAAACACAGGCAGAAGUGGGAGUUUCUGAGUCCUUUGGUGGUCUCCGUUCUGAAAUUCGAUUUCUUCUGUCCUUCUGCCCAGAGUUGUUGGGUUGCCAUAGCAACAUGGCUCCUCCCCCACAACUGUGUCAGAUUAACUGGAUACAGAUUUAGCAGCAAGUGAAGCCAAGAUCAAACUCCAGAUUUAGGGCACUGAUCACUUCAAGCGGGAGUUCUGAGGCCGGGGACUGCCCUGCAUCUCUCCGCAUCCGUCAGGGGGAGUGCUCAGAGCCCCCAUCGGCCCCGCUGCAGAUGGGAGUGCCCCCGGGAAGGUGGCUCCUGAGGAGUGUUUGGUGCCGGGUGUGCCUAUGUGGAACGCCAUGGCUGGGGCUCUGAAUGUCAAGCAUGAGACUGUCAGCACGGACUAUGGAGAAAGGCGUUGAGUAGGCGCUGCAGAAAUAAAAGCGCUCUGUCCCCAAGAAUGCUUUCUGGGGAGCCUCAGGGAUCCUGUGUGUGGCGACAAUCACAACAGUUCCUUGGUGGAUGGAGCACUUGCUGCGGGCUGAGCACUUUGUCACUGUUUAAUCCUCAUAAUAUCUCUGAGCUAGGGGCUGUUGUUUUAAAGACGAGGGCGCGGAGGCAGGGAGAAGUUAAUGAACUCCCCCAAGGCCGUGGGGUUGGUAAGAGGCAGACCGCCACUGGGAGCUUUGCAAUGUGACUCCUGAAUUCAGGCUCUUCUCACAACUCUAUCUCUGAAGGAUCUUAUCCUCCUGAGGGCUUGUGAGUGGAGUGUUCAAGGAACCUUAGCUGUAGCAGUUGUUUUUUUUAAACACGAAUAUUGCAAUAGGUUGAACUGUGUCUCCUCAAAAAUGCUGAAGUCCUCCCCCCCAGUGGCUGUGGAUGUGACCUGAUUUGGAAACAGGGUCUUUGCAGUGUAAUCAAGUUAGGAUGUGGUCAUUUGGGUGGGCCCUAAUCCGCUGUGACUGUUGUCCUUAUAAGAAGAGGAAAAUGCCAAGUGAUGAGACACACAGGGAGAACCAUGUGACGACAGAGGCAGAGAUUGGAGUGAUGCAGCUGCAAGCCAAGGACACCGAGGAGGGACGGCCACCACCGGAAGCUGGGGAGAAGCAAGGGACGAUUCUGCCCAGGGUCUCAAAGCGAGUGUGGCCCUGCUGACACCUGGAUCCCGGACUUCCAGCCUCCAGCACUGGGAGAGAAUAAGUCCUGUUGGAUACGCCACCCGGUUUGUGGCGCCACCCUAGGAAGCUAAUACAAAUAUGUUCUCACUGUAGCAGGUUCCACCAGUGCAGAGGCAGACAGUGUGUUAAAGGAAAAGAACUCCAUCCCCUGCUCUGCUCACUUCUGCUCCUCUUCAACAGACCUGAUUUUGAAAAAGAAGAACAAUAGGAAGGGGAGAAACAGGAAAGUACCCUUCAGCAUUGUUCGCCCUAACGUGAGACUCACUGAGGAGGCCCUCAUUGCUCUAACUGCACGUGAACUGACCGUGGACCUUCUUGACCCUGGGGUUGGUGACAGCAAGUGCGGGCCUCACCACCUUGAUGGUUUAGUUUCAAAAUCCAAAGCUGUUCUUCUGACUUUGUCACUAAACCAGACAUUGGCCCGUCGGCCCUUUUAUGGAAGUGCCAGCCUUGAGCUAGGAAGUCUCCUGGGCCCAAAGAUUACAGCGUGAGCUCUCGAUAGGUGGUUGUUAUCAUUUGUAGUAAACAUUUUAAAAUAGCCCUGAAAUGCCUUGACAAUAGGCUUAGAUAUUUUAAUUUCCAUUUAAGCAGGGGCAGGGGUUGGUAUGCUGUUUGAAGUUUCGUGGUGUUAUAAGACACUUGAGAAAUACGUGUGGCGAAAUAUUCCAGUGGCUCCUGCGACUGGAUUACUUAUGUCUUGUGGGUUGGCAGUGGGGAAGAGGACUUCCUUCUGACACUUGUGCUCAAGCAGCUGUUUCUCUUUCUCCAAAAACGCCAGUUUCCCCAGCCCCCUGCUGGUUCCUCCCUGCUGAGAGGCCAAAAUAUGCCAAAGUCACUGCGAGACCAAGUUUAUCCUGUGACAGUGCAAAUGACUCCCAUGCCUUUUCUGCCCUCAAGCUUUUCCCAACGAAUCAUUAACCAAUGGCAACAGGAGUCCAAGGAUAAAGUGAUUUCCCUCCUGUUAACUCACCUGCCUUUGCUGAAGCCAGGAAACCUCGACGCUAAAGUAGAGUAUAUGAAACUGCUGCCCAAAAUCCUGGCGCACUCUAUUGAGCACAACCAGCACAUUGAGGAGAGCAGGCAGCUGCUGUCCUAUGCUCUGAUCCACCCGGCCACGUCUCUGGAAGACCGCGGUGCUUUAGCCAUGUGGCUGAAUCACUUGGAGGACCGCACGUCGACCAGCUUUGGCGGCCAGAGCCGAGGCCGCUCAGACUCUGUGGAUUAUGGGCAGACACACUACUAUCACCAAAGACAGAACUCCGACGACAAGCUCAAUGGGUGGCAGAACUCUCGAGAUUCUGGGAUUUGCAUCAACGCCUCCAACUGGCAGGACAAAAGCCUGGGAUGUGAGAAUGGCCAUGUGCCUCUCUAUUCCUCCUCAUCCGUCCCCACCACAAUCAACACCAUUGGAACCAGCACCAGUACAAUUCUCUCAGGCCAGGCACACCACAGCCCUUUGAAACGAUCUGUUUCCCUUACCCCACCCAUGAAUGUGCCAAACCAGCCUCUAGGACAUGGAUGGAUGUCUCAUGAGGACUUACGAGCUAGAGGACCCCAGUGCCUCCCAUCCGAUCAUGCCCCCCUGUCUCCACAAAGCAGUGUAGCCUCUUCAGGAAGUGGUGGGAGUGAACACUUAGAAGAUCAGACCACUGCUCGUAACACAUUCCAAGAAGAAGGUAGUGGUAUGAAAGAUGUUCCAGCCUGGUUAAAAAGCCUCCGCCUGCACAAGUACGCUGCCCUUUUCUCCCAGAUGACCUAUGAGGAAAUGAUGGCCCUCACUGAGUGCCAGCUGGAGGCUCAGAAUGUUACCAAAGGUGCAAGACACAAAAUUGUCAUCAGUAUUCAGAAGCUCAAAGAAAGACAAAACCUCCUGAAGUCUUUGGAAAGGGACAUCAUCGAGGGGGGCAACCUGCGCAUCCCGCUCCAGGAACUGCACCAGAUGAUCCUGACUCCCAUCAAGGCCUACAGCUCCCCGAGUGCCACCCCCGAGGCACGCCACCGGGAGACCCAGGCCUCGCUCAUGGGCCCCGAGAGCCAGAGCCCCGACUGCAAAGACAGUGCCGUGGCCACUGGCGCCACCGCCACCACCUCAGCUGGGGCCAGCGGCGGGCUCCAGCCACACCCGCUGAGCAGCUGUGAGGGGGAGCUGGCCGUCGCUCCCCUGCCGGAGGGGGAUCUCCCCGGGCAGUUCACACGUGUCAUGGGGAAAGUGUGCACACAGCUCUUGGUCUCCAGACCUGAUGAGGAGAAUAUAAGUUCUUAUUUACAGCUCAUAGACAAAUGUCUAAUUCAUGAGGCAUUUACAGAGACACAGAAAAAAAGGUUGUUGUCAUGGAAACAGCAGGUGCAGAAGCUCUUCCGGUCUUUCCCUCGGAAAACCCUUCUAGACAUAUCAGGAUAUCGACAGCAGAGAAACCGCGGCUUCGGGCAGUCCAACUCCCUCCCGACGGCCGGCUCUGUGGGUGGCGGCAUGGGCAGACGGAACCCACGCCAGUACCAGAUCCCCUCGCGGAGCAUGCCUUCCGCCCGCAUCGGCCUCCUGGGCACCAGUGGAUUCGUCAGCUCCACCCCGCGCAGCACCGCAGCCAACCCCACCAUCAUGAAGCAAGGAAGACAGAACCUCUGGUUUGCCAACCCCGGGGGCAGCAACAGCAUGCCAAGCCGCAGCCACAGCUCAGUGCAGAGGACCCGCUCGCUGCCCGUGCACACUUCUCCGCAGAGCAUGCUGAUGUUCCAGCAGCCAGAAUUCCAGCUUCCCGUGACUGAACCUGACAUCAACAACAGGCUGGAGUCCUUGUGCCUCAGUAUGACCGAGCAUGCCCUGGGAGACGGGGUUGACCGGACCUCCACAAUCUAGAAGCUGAAGAUGCGAGCGACCGCGCUGGCCGUGAAAUCGACUGCUGUGGGCCCAGUGCCAGCUGUCUGCGGGGCUGCGCGGAGUCCUCCAGAUACUUCGCAGCCUUUUCCCUGGUCCCUCUCCCAUUUUGAUUUUGUGAGAGCGUAGGUCGUCCUUGUAAACAUAUCAGUAGACCUGGGCUUGGUUAUUUUGUCAUUUGUUUCUGUUGUGGGAUGGCUUGGUGUGGGGUGGGGUGGGGUCUCUAAGGAAACCUGAGACUGGGAGGGGGUGGAGGGGAUGCAGGUGGCUUCCUGGAUGGAAAGAGGCAAAAACAGACUACUACCGUGAACGAGGAGAGAGAGACACAGCAGAGAAGCAGAGCCCAGCCCUGGAGCCUUCUAGACCGCUCCACCUGCAGUCAGGCCCCAGGAGGAAGUCAUGGAUACGUGCGACCAAAGCAAGAUGGCGGCUCCCCUCUUCUGCCCCCCAGUUGGGUUUCCUAGAGGCCCCUGCCUGGAGCCGAGCGCACGAGAGGCCAUGUGGCAACAGGGGAGAGGGGAGAAAGUCCCUCUGACACAAUUUCGGAUAAACUUUGAUUUGUGUAUUGUUUACAAAACAAUUUUAAAGGGUACAUAAUGUCUAAAGAGUUUGGAUAGAACUUCUCUUCCUACUAUGGUUUUUGUAAAGGAUUUGUUGAUAUGGAUUCUUUUUUUCUUCUAUUUUUCUACUAGCAGCAGGGUUGUCUUUCCAAAUGGCUGCCAAGCUCUGCUUCCCGGGGAGACGCAGGCCGACCGGCGGGGGGGGGGGGGGGGGGGGGGGGGGGAGCGUGCAGGUGGACUUGAAGGACAAGGAUGUGGCUGGACGGGCAGAGCACUGGUGAGGGCACAAGGAGACAGCACCGUGUAGUCAGUUAGGGGUUUGCUCUCUGGUCACCUAGAGAUCCUAAGAGAAUGCCACAGCCCCUUUCUGUGCUGGAUGUGCUUCUCACCCAGAGGCCUCCCCUCCUCCUCGCCUACCAUGGGCUUCAUCCCAGCCGCCACAGCCUCGCCCCCACGCACAGCUGGGAUAAGGACCGCAGGAGGAGAAAGGCAAGGACCCACGUUUUUCCCUUGCAAGAGGCCUUAAUACCCUUCAGAGAAGGAGCUCAAAACACGCAGUGCAGUUGCUGUGGGAACCUGAGCCUGGGGGCUGUACCCCCUUGGCUGGCUCCCUGCCGAGGACGAGGAGGAGAGCAGGGCCCAGCAAUGGUGUAUAAACACAUCAGCAAGUGGCAGAGAGAGCUGCGAGGAGAUGCGCGGCCCAGGUGGGCAGCGAAAGAAGAUGUGUGAAGGGUCAAGUUCAGGAUGGAAAGGACGGUUCUGUCCACAUGGUAUUGUCGGGGAUUGGCUGUGGUGUUGGCUGAUCCAUCCAUCCACACGGAAGGGAUGUAACCCUAUUUACAUAGUGAGAGAUUCACAGACUUCGCUACCACAAAGUAACAGCUCUGUUUCUUAAGGGCAAGAAAGAUUAUGUUUCAGAAUUAGACACAAUGGAGGGUUUAGAGGAAAUCAAAGAGGAGUUGUGCUCUGCACUGGAGAAUUGGGUUGCGUGAAUGCUCUGUCAGAGGCGAGAGCAGGGAGAUGGUAUAAGGUCUGUUUAUUAAAUGGGUGAAUCUAGUGCCAUUUUUUUGUUUAGUGAAGACAGAGUCGAAAUUGAAGAGAUCAGACCAUGAAAAUCACCGCACACUUAUUUUUUUUUGUUUUAUGAAGUAAAUACAGAUUUAAAAGGCCUUAAUGAAAUCCAAGGAACUUUCUUUUACCUUGAAGAUUAAAAAUGUACACCCAACGCAGCACUGGACGUUGUAACAAGGCUUUUGAAGUUUCUUUAAGGUCUAAAGAGCUGGGUGCGUCUCACUGCAGAGAGCCGUUAGCAAGCAGGGAAGACUGGAGCCCGCGGUGCCAGGCAUCGCAUAAAGAGGCCUCUCUGGGCGCCUGCAUUCUAAAGAUGCAAAUCCACGUGCAGAAAGAGGCAGCAGUUUUUAGUUGAUUUUUUUUUAACCAAGUGCCAUUAACAUUCACUGUCCACACCCUUUCUCUAAACCAGCUGAGUGUUACUUGGGGAAUGUGUUGGGAUGGACGAUCACCUAUGAGGCGGGAAGAACGGGACAAAGAGGUUGAAGGGCAAAGGUAAGAGCAGAGGGUUUGCGAAGGUGUUUUUUGGAUGCUGAGAAAGUUAAUAGAAGAAAAAGCAAUGGUGUUACAUAUCUCACAGAGAGAUGAGAACGCAAAAUAGAUAUGUCCACAAAGACUCGGGCUGUUCAAAACAGAUUGUGAACACAAUCACGUUAGCAUGAAUCCUUUAAAAGGACGAAUACCUUAAAGUAUUUGCAAAUCUGAAUUUCUAUUUAUUCCUUCAUUGAAUAUAGAAACAAUGGUUAUCUGAUUAUUAGAGAGAUUAUUUUGGAUAUGUUACUUAUUAACUUGCUAUGGCUGGUAACCAUGAUAAAGUCUGUUAUUAAUAACAACAUAAUUCUUUUUUUAAAACAAAAGAAAAGCUUAUUUUUCAUUGACCGUGUAUAGAUUUAUCUACUUAGUUGUGUUUUGCUCUUAGUGCUUUAAUUUUUUUUUAAGUUGAGUGUUCUGAUAAAUUUUAGGAGCUUGUCCCCACCUUGUUUUGAGUCCUGUGUUGACUGCAGGUAUACAGCUCAAUUGAAAAAUCCUAAAGCAAAAGAACUUUCUUUAUGAAAGAAUCAAACAGUUGCAUGCGUGAGGCUGUGCGGUCGGGUAGUUAGAAAUAGAGCAGCAGUGCCUUUUUUUGUAUUUGCCCAUCGACCCCAGAUGCAGCUGUUUUAUAUUAAGUAACUAGUAAACGUUAAAGAUCUCAGAGUACAAUAUAUUUCACUACAUGUGUUUUCCCACUUGUUCUGAUUUAAGCCGUGUGUAUCUGGCACCUCUACCCCGUCCCAGGGACAGAGUGCUCUACGAUAUUGUUAUCAUGUAUGAUGUUUUAUUGGUGCUUUUUAUUCAUAGUGGUUUCUUACCGGAAACAGUAGGAAGACACACAUGAACUGUGUGCAAGAAAUGAAACAUUGCUGCUGAUAAGAUUUUUUUUCCACAUGCUUUUUAAGUUUCACUUUUUAAACAAGGGCCAGCAAGCAAAAUAGAUGCUGCUGGGUCUGCCUGCAGAAGGCGGCCGUGGCAGCAAGCUCUCGAAUCCCGUGCAGCCCUGCUCCCUUUUUGGUACUCAGGAUUGGAGCUACAGCUGGGCCCCUCUCCCAUUUGUUUGAAGAGACACUGAGGGAAACGACGUUUCCUUUUGAGGUGUCGUUGGCUGCCUUUUACGGAACGGGAGCCUUCGCCGGGUCCUUGUUGUCCUGCACCUCUUGCAGCUAAUGCCCGGGCAGGGUAUGUAGAUGCCCAUUCCCCCACCUGACCCAGAUUUCACCGCGAGCGGGGCUGCGGGCCUGCGCUGGGCUGAAUGCCUGGGCGUGCAAGCAGAAGGGCAGCAAGGGGCGGAGAAGCCGGCGCCCGCCUCGCUCGCCUUCUGGAGUUGUCUGCAGCAGGCGGCUCCAGCCUGGGUGCAGGGAAGCAGCCUGACCCAGGCGCUUGGCUGUGCCUGCGACAGGAAGGACCUGCGGAAGGAUAAUUUGCACAUGGGGCUGUGAUAACACUAAUAAUGUUGGGUUUUUUUAUUUUACAAGUCAUCAGAGAUGUUUGCAAAGUGAGUUUUAUUUUUUUGUAAUUCCUUUAUCUUUCCUUAAAGGUGAAUGUGUAUUCCUCUGGGAGGAAUAGGAAGAAAACAGAAAUGUUAAUAAUGUCAAACAGAAGACUUCCUCCCUUAUUAAUAUAUAACCCUCAUGUAUUUAUGCCUACUGUAAGCUGACUUUUAAAAAGCUUCCUUUUGUUGCAUGCCCCGUGCAGGCACCCCUACGUACAUGCAUGCCUUUAGUCCUGUUUCCUGUAUAAAGUUAGUGAACAGAGAGCUAUUUUUGCCUAGUUCAUGUUGCCAAGCAAUGCAUAUUUUUUAAAUUUGUCACAAUAUGGAAAUAGCAUGUUUGUUACAUGUAAAAGCCUUCCUGAUAUCCGGACACGCUGAUGUUUGAACAUGCUCUUCUUUGCAAGUGUACAGUUUUCAAAUGUUGUUACCAGUGAAACACCCUUGUGGUUUAAACUUGCUACAGUGUAUUUAUUACUCAUUUCCUCCCAUGUAACUAAAUCAUGGCUAUAUUUCAUAUCAACGUUAUAUUGAAAGUGAAGGGAAAUGAUUAAUACAAGGUUUUGUAACACU